AGUCAGUGCGUACUGUGUACGUGUCUUUUUGAAAAGCCCGAGAAGCCUGCGAUCUCAAUACGAACGUGGAGCGUUGUGCGCAUUGUUUGUCACGGUGAUAAUGUUCACCUUCCAAUGGUUCUUCAACGUGAUCGGUAUGGUCCUCGAAGUCGUGGGGCUCGCGAGCGUCGAGCCGCCGCUUCUUGCGUUACCCGGGCUACUUUAUCCAAGGGAGAGCGAAACGAGAGAGGUAAAGUCUCUGGAUGGAUUUUGGGAGUUCCUGGUGCCUGCGGCGGACGACCCGCAGCAAGGACACGCUCGCGCGUGGUACGCGCAGGAACUGUCCAAGGCCGGAAAAACAACGCAAAUGCCGGUGCCAUCGUCGUACAAUGACAUCACGACGAGCAGCGAGCUGCGCGACCACGUGGGCCCGGUCUGGUACGAGAGAACUUUCUUCGCGCCGGCCGCCUGGUCCGACCGCCGGGUUUUCCUGUGGUUCGGCUCCGUCAAUUACUACGCGCAAGUGUGGCUGAACGGUGACUACAUGGCCAGCCACGAAAUGGGCCAUCUGCCGUUCGAAAUCGAAGUGACGUCGAAGGUGCUGUACGGCGGCAAGAAUCGCUUGACAGUAGCCGUGGACAACGUGCUCGUGCAGACGAGCGUGCCGCAAGGGCGGAUUGCCGACGUGGAGUCGGACAACGGUACGAUCAAGGUACAAACCUACAGCUUUGAUUUCUUCAACUACGCCGGUAUCCACAGGCCUGUUUUGCUGCACGCCAAGCCCAACGUGUACAUAGAGGACAUAACCGUCACUACGGAAGUGAUUAACAAUAUCGGCCUGGUUAACUACAAGGUUGACGUGGCGGGGCUAAGAUCCAGUGAGAACUACUCGUGCGACGUAAAUCUCGUGGACAACCAUGGCAAUCGCGUGGCAAAGUCCGUGCUCGACGGCAAGGAGGGCGUCGUCAAAGUCCACUCGCCGAAGCUGUGGUGGCCCAGAUCUCUUAGCGACGAGCCCGGCUAUCUUUAUUCUCUGGAGAUCAUACUCAGUGCGUCCAACGACGUCAAAGACAUCUACAGACUGCCCUUUGGUAUUAGAAGCUUGAAGUGGACCGAAAGCUCGUUGUUGAUCAAUGACAAACCGACAUACCUCUACGGAUUCGGUAGACACGAGGAUUCAGCGAUAAGGGGACGUGGACUUGAUUUGCCUACGGUUGCGCGAGACUACGAGCUGCUCAAGUGGAUCGGUGCCAAUGCCUACAGAACCAGUCACUACCCUUACAGCGACGAAGUUCUAGAUCUCGCUGACAGACUCGGAUUUCUCGUGAUCGACGAGUGUCCAUCGGUCGACACGGAAAACUACUCACUAGCCCUGAUGCGUCGUCACCAGGACUCGCUCUCGGAAUUGAUCAGACGCGACAAGAAUCGACCCUCGGUGAUAAUGUGGUCGAUAGCCAACGAGCCUAGGACAAGGUAUUCCGAGGCGGGUCCAUAUUUCAAGCAGAUCGCGCGUCACACCAAGCAGGUCGACCCAACGCGUCCGAUUACGAUGGCCAUUGCUACCAAGCCCGAUGAUGACUAUGCCGGCAAUUACAUUGAUAUUAUCAGCUUCAACAGGUAUCACGCCUGGUACUCGAAUCCUGGACGGAUCGAUACAAUAACGAAGAACGUCGUGACGGAAGCUCAAAAGUGGCACAACAAGUAUAACAAACCGGUGAUAAUGACGGAGUAUGGUGCCGACACGAUACCCGGUUUACACGAGUUGCCAGAAUACAUCUGGAGCGAGGAAUAUCAAAUACAAAUCAUGUCCAAUCACUUCAAGGCUUUUGAUCAGUUGAGGGAGCAAGGUUUCUUUAUCGGUGAAUUUAUUUGGAACUUUGCUGACUUCAGAACUGCUCAAACUUACACAAGAGUUGGUGGUAACAAGAAAGGAGUUUUUACGAGAGAUAGACAGCCAAAAAUGGUUGCGCAUCAUAUCCGACGGAGAUAUCAUUCGUUGACUUUUAACAAUGGCUCUGAAAGGUCUUUAAAUAAUAUUGCAAAUUACAUAUCGCAGAAUUAUCAUCAUUAGCUUAAUCAAGAUAAGAUAAAAGCUGAUUCCGUACGCACACUAUGAAAGCGCUUUAUUACUAAAUUUAUUGAUUGAAGCUUUUCGAGGCGAAACAAGAAUCUUUGUAUAAAUGAAAUUGAAGAGAUGAUAAGCUAUACGUAAAUGCCUUGAUACUGCGAUUUAAUUUUGAGAUGAAUUAGUACUUUAUUUUUGUAAGCGAUGUUUGUAAAAUAUUUUACUGUAGACGUUUUGUAUGGAAUUUAAGUGAAACUAUAAUGCUCUGACAAUGUAUU